UGCUCUGUGGCAGGUUCUCUUCGCUUUUUAUGUUCAUCUUUUUCAUUUUUAUGUGAGUUUGUGGAAUAUAAUCUUUGACUUUCCCAAAAUGUUUCGGCAUUUAUGCCUCUUGCUUGCAGUGCUUUGGCUGCAAGUGAAUGCUCAACAAGUGAGCAGGGAGGAAAUUCAAAGAGCUGUCAACGCUGCCAUCGCCAAAGUGGACUCUGCAUAUGAAUAUUCAAGACAAGAGUGCCUUGAGCGUGUCAAACGGAACUCAGCCAGACCUCAGGAUGUGUUGCGCGUUCUCAAGCAGCCUAGGGGAGUCACCCGUGAGAUAGCCCGAUCUUCUGAUUACAUGAACAAUGCACUGGAUAUUAUCAAAAGAUCGGCGGAAAGACGUCAGAGACGUUCGCUCAACGCAACCGAUCUGCUGUCUGAGGAGGAUUUGGAGUUCAUUUCAGAUCUGACAGGCUGCUCACCUCGACAACGCGACCCCUCUUGCAGGACAACACCCAACGUUAACGUCUUUCGUACCAUAACCGGCGUCUGCAACAACAAGCAUAAUCCCCGAUGGGGAGCCUCAAACAUUCCCUUUGCACGCUUCCUGCCUGCUGAGUACCAGGAUGGACUCACUGUGCCUCGGGGGUUUGAGCCUGUGAAGCUCAACGGCUUCGUUCUUCCGAAGGUCCGAAAGGUGUCCAAUCGUGUUCUGACCACACCAAUCGCUAAUGUGGUGAGCGACGAGGUAUUCACUCACCUCUUGACCUCCUUUGGACAGUGGAUGGACCACGACCUGACUAUCACACCUCAUUCUCCGGUCAUCCGUUCGUUCAGUAACGGCAUUGACUGUGACGAGAGCUGCGAGCGCACCGAACCUUGCUUCCCCAUCGAGAUUCCCAAGAAUGGCCCACGCUUCGGCUUCCAGGAGUGCAUCGCCUUCUUCCGCUCGAGUACCACGUGUGGGACUGGCCCCACAGGCUCCAUCUUUGGCGCAGCCAACGUGCGGCAACAGUUGAACGGCCUCACAUCAUAUAUUGACGCGAAUCAGGUGUACGGCUCAGAAGAUGCCAAAGCAAAGGCUCUACGCAACCUUGACACGGAUGAGGGUUUGCUGAGGGUCAAUACAGAGUUCACUGACAAAGGCCGAGAAUUGCUGCCCUUCACCACUAUGGGAGCCAACUUGUGUGCAACCCGAGCCCGGAUCACCAACGACCCCGAAGCCCAGGAAGUGCUUUGCUUUCUAUCAGGUGAUGAACGCACCAAUGAGAACAUUUUUUUGACCUCACUACACACGCUCUUCUUGCGGGAGCACAACCGACUGGCUCGAGCCCUGCGACAACUAAAUCCGAAGUGGGAUGGAGAGAGAAUCUACCAAGAAGCACGCAAAAUCAAUGGAGCAUAUUUACAGAUUAUCACAUUCAGAGACUUCUUGAAACACAUCGUCGGUCCAGAAGUAAUAUCCAAGAAGCUGUCCACCUACCCCGGCUAUGAUAAGACCGUGGACCCUACUGUCGCCAAUGCAUUCGGAGCAGCUGCCUUUCGCUUUGGCCACUCUAUGGUUCAACCCUUCGUAUUCCGGCUUGACGGUAGUUACGAGGAACACCCGGUGUUCCCCUCUCCAUUGCUGCACACAGCCUUGAACACACCAUGGAGGGUUGUUUUUGAAGGUGGUAUAGACCUUCUCUUGAGGGGGCAACUGGGUCGGCCGGCUAAGUUGAAUGUCCAGGAGGCCGUCAUUACGGAUGAACUGAGAGACAUGCUGUUUAAAUUCUCCUUUGAGUUUGCACUUGAUCUGGCCUCUCUCAAUAUGCAGCGUGGCCGAGACCAUGGCAUCCCAGGAUACAACAAAUGGCGUAAGUUCUGUGGUCUGUCACAACCUCAAAAUGAGACAGAGUUGGCUAAAGUGCUGAAAAACGACGACUUGGCCAAGAAGCUGAUAGAGCUGUAUGGCACGCCUGAUAACAUCGAUCUAUGGCUCGGAGGAAUAGUAGAACCUCUUGUGUCCGGAGGAAGAGUUGGUCCCCUGUUUGCCUGCCUGAUUGGAACUCAGUUCAGCAAGGUUCGCGAGGGAGACAGAUUUUGGUGGGAGAAAGAAGGAGUAUUCACCAAGGCCCAGAGAGCCGCUUUGUUGGCAACGUCAUUUUCCCGCAUCGUCUGUGACAACACUGGUGUGUUUGAAGUUCCAAAAAAUCCCUUCCUGUUCCGGCCACGAGGUUACGGUUACACCAAAUGUGCUGACAUCCCUUCACUGGACCUCACUCCAUGGCAGGAGGACGAACAUGGAUCUUUCCCUAAACCAGGCGAUUUAAACACGACUACCCCCUCCGCACCAGAAACCCCCAAACCCUAUGGACAUCCUGGACCUCCUGGACCUCCUGGACCCCCUGGACCCCAAGGGCCACAGGGACCACCCGGCCCCUACAGCCCCUCCGGAUCCUACAGAUCCUCCGGAACCUCCAGCUAUCAUGUGGCCUACUCUGUGAGACUAGGCAACAACUACCCCAGUCCUGGUGUGCCAAUACCAUUCCGCGAGACCAUCUACAAUGGACAGAACAGCUAUGACACCAACAGUGGCAAAUUUACAUGCCCAUAUGCCGGGGUGUACGAAUUCCAAUUCCACUGUACCAUCUAUGACCACGCGGCCAGUGUGGACCUGUUGCGCAAUGGAGAGUUGAUCCUGCAUUCAUUCACUACCAGGCAAGACGGUUACAUCACAGCCAGUGGAAGCACGUACCUCUCGCUGGGAGUAGGAGAUGAGGUAUGGCUUGUGGCCAACUCCGGUGGCAAUGGUCUGACCAGAGACAGCUACUUCUCAGGGCAUCUGAUUUUUACUGAGGAGUAGAGCUGUAGUCAAAACAAAGCACUCUUGUACAGUCCGGCAAAAAUAAACAUACACACCUCAAUAAAUACAGUUAGAGAAGAAUUGAUCCACCAUCACAAGUUGUUAAAAUAAGAAUUAUGUGACCAUGUGGAAUUUUCCAUAAUUUUACAUGCUUUUUAAUUUGUGUUUUAAUUGUAAGAGUGCAUAAACGAAGAGCCGUGUAAACGAUAUAAAUACAAACUACACUACCAGACUCCAGGAAAAAAAUAGUAUCAAGUUAUCACUUUUUAUUUUUUGUAAUUAAUUCUGCCUUUUUAAAUCUUUUUCUUGUCCUAGCCUUCACACUGUUUAUUUAACCGUCAUUAAGAUAUACUAUUGGAGCUUCUUGAAUAAAAGCAAACGUUUCCUGA